AAAUAUUAAUUUUUUGGAUGCAUUUUAUCUUCUUUCUUCUUCAGCUCCUCUCAGCUUCUUCUUCGACGAAAAUAUCUCUCACUUCUCAGAGCUCUGCUGCAAUGGAUGCGAGUGCGAAUGAACCAGCUAUGAAAAGCUUGAAAUCCUCUCCGAGGGCACCGAUACCGAACUUUUUCGUAUCGCUGUCCUCGGCAUUUACGCAAACACCUCUUGUGCGUACGAAGAAGCCUAGUUUGCUACUUCUACAACCAGCUUCAGACGCCGUCAAAUCGAUUCAAGACUUUCAUCGUUGUCUGGUGUCUGCUUCUGAGAAAUUCGUAGGGUUAUUCCAUUCACUCGCCUCUCGGAACCCUCUAUUUCAGGAAGCGGUUCGCUUGUCGUCUGAAUUUCGCGUUCUUUGCGACGAGAGUCGUUUGAGAAACACUACAAGGGUGAGGUUUGCGAUGUCUAACCACGGAUUUGCAGCGGUUCUGCCUGGAGAUUCAGUAGCAGGAAUGGUGGUUGCUAACGGGUUGAUAAACUUCCUCAACAUUUACAACACCAUCCUUGUUGUCCGUCUAGUACUCACCUGGUUUCCCACUGCUCCUCCUGCCAUUGUUAGCCCCCUCAGCACUUUAUGUGAUCCAUACUUGAACAUAUUCCGGGGAGUCAUACCGCCUCUUGGAGGAUUAGAUUUGUCUCCCAUUUUGGCGUUCCUUGUUCUCAACGCCUUCACCAGCACUGCUAUGGCACUUCCUUGCGAGCUCCCGCCAGCUGAUGGAGCGGCUUCUCCAUCAUCUUGUGAGACAAAGUGGAUGAGAAGGAGAAGGUUGAGCAGCCACAAGGACCAUAGACCGAGCUCAACUUCUAUGAACUGAACCUUUCUUUAAAACAUAUCCUCUUUUCUGCGCUUCAAAUGCACCUUUCGAGUAAUAUUAUUCUACUGCAUCUUUGGAUUUCUGAGUUUUUGUGUAAAUUUUCUUUACAAUAUUAAUAAAAAGAGUUGCAUCUCUCAUAUACAAAAAUCUUUGUAAGAUUGAUUUUUGCAAAAUUCAGGGCAAAAGAUAAGUCAUUUGUGACGUUGUAACAA